AUGGAGUUCCCCAACAAGCUGCUGCUGUGCCAGUGCGUGGCCUACUUCCUGGGGCUGCUGCUCUCGUUGCUGGUGGUCGUGCCCUUGGCCGAGAACGGCAGCCGGUUCGGGGACCGCUGCCUCCUGUUCAGCGAGGCCUCCUGGCGGCAGGAGAACGCGACCGGCGGCUCCUCGGUCAUCUCCCGCUUCGUGGUCGGGGCCUGGGGCCCGCCGGCCGGCUGCCACUUCUGCACCUUCGUGGGCGUCUUCACCCUCAUCUUCUCGGCCGCGCAAGCCUGGAGGACCUUCUUCUACCUGUGCAAGGGCCACGACGACACCCUGCUCUCGGCGUUCCUGAACCUGGUGCUGAGCUGCUCGGUCCUCUUCCUCACCAUCGUGGCCAGCGUGAUGGUCAGCGUGGGCUUCAGCUUGUGGUGCGACGAGGUGACCGAUCACGGGAGAAUGCCUAACAGCUGUGAAGAAAUGCAGUCAAUGAACCUUCACCUGGAUGUAGACACCUCUUCCUUCUAUAUCCAUUUCAGGGUGGCACAGUUUGGGCUGUGGAGUAUCUGGGUGGUGUGGGCUGUACUGGGUGUCCUCGCCUUCCUGAAGGUCUAUCGUAACUACAAGAGGAAGGAGUUGGCGCGCUGUCUGGCGCGAGAGAAGGAGCUGCUUCUCGAUCAUUCCGCGCGACGUCGCCCGGACCAGGAGCAGCAGCAGGAAGCGCCCAGUGUCUUCAUCUGAUGGUCCUUCCACCCGGACCCCGCCCUCAUCACGGACCCCGCCCUCAACUCCUCCCCCACCCGAA